CUCGCACCCCAUCGAGCAAUUGAACCCGCAACGAGCCGCGCAAAGUCUCAAUUAGAAGAUCGGAGAAGAAGACUCUGAGAAGGGAAGACAACAUGUCCGGCAAAUACGCUUUUUCGCAGGCGCUGAAGGAGGUGCGGUUCCUGUUCUGCCAGACGGGCGAGCACAGCGGUCCUACGAGAUCUUUCCUGGCGCGCGCAUACCCGAUCAUGAAGAAGAACAACCCAAACAUUCCAAUCAUGUUACGAGAGGCUGCUGGCACACAACCGAAAGUAUACGCUAGAUACGAAUUCGGAGUGGAGAAGAGCGAGUCGUUAGUAGGGCUGUCGGAUAAGGAGAUCGAGGAUAAGGUUGCAGGGUUGGUUAAGCCCGGUGUAUGA